AGCAAUACUACACAAUCGAAUGCGGUUAUCUCGAUGAGUUUCUUCUAUUCCUUAUUUGCACCUCUCAUUUUUCUUGUCACAUUCAUUUAUAAUCAUGUUCUCCUUAUUCUAUUCACUGUUUGCAUAAUUGGAGCCGCCGCAUUCUUCGUCUCCUACUAUCUUUUUGGUUAUUCAAAUACUCCAUCAUCAGCCAGCUCCAGUGCCACUCCAUCAUCCAGAAAUUCUCCAAACAAAGAACGCAGCAAAAAAGUUCCGACAAUUUUGGAGACGGACAACGAAGAUGAUGAAAUACGUGUCAAUGGAUCACCUAAAUCAGGAACUCCGACUAAUACGCAAACGAUUGAACCACCGACUUCACUCAAUCUCAAUAUGGUCAAUUCAGCAAGUGGAUCGAAUCUUUCAGGUGCAAGGCGUAUGAGAAAGAGAGAUUGGGCCAAAAAACUAUACAAAAGUCUUGUGCAAGACUCUCCUGGUCGCACUCCAACAGAUGAAUCAUCAGACGAAGAAAAUGCGAAUGUUGUGAUGGGUGGAGGAUCAGUUCCACGUAGGCGUAGCAAGCAUGGAAACUCCAGUCGGCGUCGACAAUCAACUGCAUUCCAAUUGGCUAAAGAUUUGAUCCGUCGUGGAAGUCGAUCUUAUUUCCGGCAGAAUCAAGAGAAUAACAAGGAUACUCGUGUUCGUCCACCACAAGAGUUCUUCGAACCAACUGAUCUACCAGAAAUUCCACAAAACUUGCAGCCAGAGAUUUUCUAUAUCCUUCAUAAUCUCAAAAUGCUCGAACUGCCAUCCGAGUGGAAGCUUGAUCCUCGAGAGAUUGAAGUUCGAUCCUUCCAAGCUGGUGAUUAUAUUGUAAAGCCUGGAGAAUCAGAUGAUGCGAUAUAUGUUGCAAUAGAUGGAGAAUUGACAGUUCAUAUUCGUCACAUGGAAGGCAAAGAAUAUCUUGUCAAAUGUAUUCCAGCUGGUGGCAGCUUCUUUUCAUUACUUUCAAUGCUUGAUAUUCUCAUGGAUUUCCCAUCAAUCUUUCGAACUGUUGCAUUGAAAGCAGCUGAUCCAUGUAGAGUCGCAAAGUUUCCAAUUACAUCUUUCCGAGAGUCUUAUCAUAAAAAUCCAGAAGCAUGGAUCAGACCGAUCCAAAUUGUGAUCACUCGUCUUCUUCACGUCACAUUGACGACACUUCAUCAGUAUAUGGGAUUGAGCAGUGAGUUGAUGAGAAGACGACGAGACGACGAUAGGCAUCGAAAUGGAAGCAGUACAUCCAAACUUCAACUCUCUUUGUCGCUGAAAAAGAAAGAGAAACCAUUCAAUAUUAACGACAAUGAGCAAGAUCAGCUGAUUGUGGCCAGAAAAUGGAUGGCAGAAGCGUUUGGUCUUGUUGCAGAUGAUGUUGUUUCUGAACAAAUCGGUAGCAAGAUUCAUUUGGAAAGCUACGAAGCUGGUCAUGUAAUCAUUGAACAAGGAGCCGAAGAAGAAGUUUUGAUGAUGGUUCUUCAUGGAAAUCUCAUUCUUGCACAGUACGGUUCGGAUUUUUUUGCCCAGAUUGAACGGGAAUCAUUGUUUGACGAGGAAAACAAUGAAGAAGAUGAAAGUGCAGUGAUCCGAGUGACUGCUCGAGAACUUGUUGGAGGUCUUCAGAUUCUUACAAAUGAGCCAUCGUUUUACACAAUUCGGGCCGCAGUCCAGACAAGAGUUGCAAUUAUGAAAAAGAAAGACUUUUCUGCAUUCCUCGAAGCUCAUCCAGAGAUCUACCUACCAGUUGCUCACUCGGUUCUCCGCCGUCUCUCACCAUUCCUUCGUGGAGUCGACUUUGCCCUGGACUGGGUUCUUGUUGAUUCAGGACAUGCAUGUUAUCGUGCUGGAGAUAUGGCAGACUCUUUAUUCGUUGUUCUCAGUGGACGUCUUCGUUCAGUUGAGAAAAAGACUGUAGUCGAAGAAUUUGGCCGUGGAGAUGUUCUUGGAAUGAUGGAAGUGCUCACAAAGAAACCUCGUGCAACUACAGUACUCGCUGUCCGUUUCUCACAACUCGCUAGGGUACCAGAGGGUCUUUUGAAUUUUAUCAAAAUGCAAUAUCCACAGGUUGGAUUCCGUCUCGUGCAACUUCUCGGUCAAUACUACAGUCAGACUAAUCGUCGUGCUCCAUUCGCUGCUCCAACUGUGAUAAGAACGAAUGAGUUGGGAGCGACUGAUCCGAUGAGUCAUAUCAAGAAUCUUCAUACUAUCGCAGUUGUUCCUGCCUCACCUGAUGUGCCUCUUGUUCCGUUCACUUGCGAACUGUAUCACGCACUUUCAUCAAACCUUCGUGUACUUCGCCUCAGUAGUCAAAAAGUAGCAGCAUGCUUGGAUCCAAGUGUUCUCGAGAAACAAGCCGACUUCCGAUUGAUGCAUUGGUUGAAUGUUCAAGAAGACACGUAUCCACUGGUGAUCUACGAGUGUGACUUUACUCAAACUAACUGGACGAGACGUUGUUUGCGACAGGCUGAUGCCAUUCUUGUUGUGGCGAUCGGUGGAAAGACACCCGAGAAGCAAACACUUAUGAGAGAGCUGAUGAACAUGAAUCAGGAUGGUGUUCGUACAAACAAAGAAUUGAUCCUUUUGUGGCCAGAAAGUACAAAGACACCGUCUGGAACAAUUGAAUGGCUUAAGAACAGCUACUUCUCUGGUCAUCAUCAUAUCCGUGCACCAAAGCGAAUGCUUCAGUGGAAUCGGAAGUUCAGAAAGAUGAGCCGAGCUGAAGUGAUGACACCUACAAGUGUGGAAAAUGAAGUUAUUGAGUACUAUGAAAAGAAUGUGUUCUGGACACCGGAUCGAAGAUCUGAUUUUUCGAGACUUGCGAGAAUCUUGACUGGAAAUGCAAUCGGACUAGUACUGGGUGGAGGUGGAGCUAGAGGAGCUGCUCAUGUUGGUGUAUUGAGAGCUCUUCGUGAAGAAGGAAUUCCAGUUGAUAUUGUUGGAGGAACUUCGAUCGGAUCACUCAUUGGUGGGCUAUAUGCUGAAACUCCAGAUGAUGUAGUUGUCGAGACUCGAGCUGCUUCCUGGUUCAAUGGAAUGUCUUCAUUGUGGAGAAAGCUUCUCGAUCUGACAUAUGCUCAUAGUGCAAUGUUCACUGGUGCUCAAUUCAAUUUUUCAAUCAAAGAUCUCUUCGAAGAACGACUUAUUGAAGAUCUCUGGAUUUCAUACUUUUGCAUCUCAACUGACAUUAGCACUUCUGAAAUGAGAGUUCAUCGAUCUGGACCACUUUGGGCAUACUGUAGAGCCUCAAUGUCACUUGCUGGAUACUUGCCACCAUUGUGUGAUCCACAAGAUGGACAUUUGCUUCUUGAUGGAGGAUACGUUAACAAUGUUCCUGCUGAUGUUAUGAGAAAUCUUGGAGCACGAUGUGUGAUUGCAUGUGAUGUUGGAUCAAUUGAAGAGACUAAUUUGUAUGAUUACGGUGACUCGUUAAGCGGAAUGUGGGUUCUUCUGAAAAGACUCAAUCCAUUCGGAACUCCUCCUCGUAUUCUGAAUAUGGAAGAAAUUCAAAGUCGUCUCGCAUAUGUUUCAUGUGUUCGUCAGUUGGAAGUUGUGAAGAAGGCAUCGUACUGUCGCUACUUGAGACCACCGAUUGAACCCUUCAAGACGCUCGAUUUUCCAAAGUUCCAGGAAAUUAUGGAACUCGGCUUGAAAUAUGGACGUGAAGCAUGUCAUGAACUGAUUACAAACGAUCGUGCUGGAAUUCUGGGUGACGAGAAAGAGACAAGAAAGUUCAAGAGACAACAGAGCCGUCGUGAGAAGCCCGAUGUUUCCCGAGCGGUUUCAUUCACUGAUCUUGCCGCAGCGAUGUCAAAGAUCCCGGUUGUUCGACCCACUCUUCGUCAUUCUAUGAGCUUGAAUCCAUCAGCUAAUGGACCAGUUGGAAGAGCCGGCGAUCAUUUCCUAUUAGAUGAUGAUUUGUUUAAUGAUACCGAUUAUUACGAGGAGGAAUCAUCGCAGUCUGAAAAUGGAAACGAGUCGUUCACAGAAGAUGAAGAUCUUGUCAUCGGUCCACCGAGCAGCUCAUCGUCUGGUGGAAAUGUUAGUGAAAAUCCACGUGGCACAACUCCACGACCUCCUUCUUCCUGAAUCAGGAAUCUCUUUUUUGUAGAAGUUAAGCAGUGGAGCACAAAAGGAUGUUCCAUACGUUUUUUGAAGAUCUCGUUUUUAUAGGUCCCAUAGAAGUAGCUUAUUUUUGUAAAUCGAUCCCUUUUGUGUCAAAUAUACAUAUUUCCUCCCUUACUUCUCUCUCCCACCGUCCCAUCGCCUGAAUUUCAUUACGGGGUUCGAAUGCUCUUCUUCUCAAAUGUAUAGAAAGUUGUGAAUUGUGUUCCGGAUAAAUAAAUAUUUUUGGAAAUCAA